AUGGAGACUGUAGAGCACUGUGUUGCCCUGCUGAAUCGCCAGUAUGCAGGAAAAAGGAAACAAUAUUCUCAGAUCAAAGGGGAUUAUUAUGCUUGGGACAGAGCCACAGGCUUCCUGAGAGCCAGAACAGGAGAGAGACAGCUGGGCAACAAGUGGCAAAGAGGCAAGUUGAGCUCUUGUUCCUGGCAGCCGGAGGAGGCGGCGCGGCGGGUCCGGUCUUGCAGAUGGAGAGACGUGGAGUGGGGCAGCCGCGGGCCGCUCCUCCCCGGCGCCCAACAACGCCCGGGCCCCGGCCGGGAGCCUGACAGCGGCCGGCGGCGGCGGAGGCGUGGGGAGCGCAGCGGGGGGCGGCUCCGUUGUCCCAGCCGCCGCCGGGGGGACCCGCUGCCCCAUCCUCCCCGACGGGGCCCCUCCGCCCAUCGACCGCCGCCAAGAGAUGCGCGCCGCUUGCGAGGUCUGUGGGGUACAAGAUUGAUGGAAGAAAACACUAGCAGAGAGAGAUACCUGAAAAGUGUUUUACGAGAACUGAUCACAUAUGUGAUUUUCCUUGUGGUCUUGUGUGUCUUGACUUAUGGGAUGGUGAGUUCCAGUAUGUACUAUUACACUAGGGUAAUGUCACAGCUCUUCCUGGAAACACCUUUAUCGAAAAUGGAGAAAACCAAUUUCAAAACCUUAUCCACCAUGGAGGACUUCUGGAAGUUCACAGAAGGCCCUUUGCUGGAUGGUCUGUACUGGGAGAUGUGGUACAACAAUAAAACCAUGGCAGAAAACAAAAGUUUCAUUUAUUAUGAGAAUCUGCUUUUGGGGGUGCCUCGUGUUCGGCAGCUGAAAGUGAGAAAUGGGUCAUGCUCAAUACCUGAGGAUUUAAAGGAUGAAAUUAAAGAAUGCUAUGACGUUUAUUCUGUUGCUAAUGAAGAUACUGCUCCUUUUGGGCUCCAGAAUGGAACAGCUUGGACUUACACCAGUGAACAAGAUUUAAAUGGGAGCAGCCACUGGGGGUUGAUUGCCUCAUACAGUGGGUCUGGUUAUUAUCAGGAUCUGUCACGAAGCAGAGAGGAGACAGCUGCACAGAUUGCUAACCUUAAGAAACACUUGUGGCUGGAUAGAGGGACCAGAGCAGCCUUUAUUGAUUUCUCUGUGUACAAUGCGAACAUCAAUCUAUUCUGUAUUGUCAGGUUAUUAGUGGAGUUUCCAGCAACUGGAGGCCUCAUUACAUCUUGGCAGUUUCAGCCAGUGAAGCUUAUCCACUACAUUUCUACUUUUGAUUUCUUCCUGGCAGCCUGUGAAGUGGCCUUUUGUCUCUUCACCCUUUAUUAUGUUGUAGAAGAGAUCUUGGAAAUUCGCAUCCAUAAACUGCAUUACUUCAGGAGUCUCUGGAAUUGUCUUGAUAUCCUCAUCAUUGUGCUAUCAAUAGCAGCUAUAGGAAUUAACAUAUAUAGAAGGUCAACAGUGGACAUGUUACUGAAGAAGCAGCUGGAAGAUCAAAACACUUUCCCCAAUUUUGAACCUUUGGCAUAUUGGCAAAUACAGUUCAACAACAUUGCUGCUGUCACUGUGUUUUUUGUCUGGAUUAAGCUCUUCAAAUUUGUCAGCUUCAACAGAACAAUGAACCAGUUAUCCACCACCAUGUCUCGCUGUGCCAAAGAUGUCAUUGGCUUUGCUAUUAUGUUUUUCAUUAUUUUCUUAGCAUAUGCUCAGCUGGCUUACCUUGUGUUUGGCACUCAAGUUGAUGACUUCAGCACUUUCCAAGAGUGUGUCUUUACUCAGUUCCGCAUCAUUUUGGGAGACUUUAACUUUACAGAGGUUGAAGAAGCAAACAGAGUUUUGGGACCAAUUUAUUUCACUACAUUUGUGUUCUUUAUGUUCUUCAUUCUUUUGAACAUGUUUUUGGCCAUUAUCAAUGAUACUUAUUCAGAGGUCAAAUCAGAUAUGGCCCAGCAGAAGGCGGAAAUGGAACUGUCUGAUCUUAUCAAAAAGGGAUACAAUAAGGCCAUGAUUAAACUUAAAUUGAAAAAAACUACUGUUGAUGACAUUUCAGAGAACUUGCGACAAGGUGGGGGAAAGUUAAACUUCGAUGAACUACGACAGGAUCUCAAGGGGAAAGGUCACACGGAUGCAGAGAUUGAAGCAAUAUUUACUAAGUAUGACCAGGAUGGGGAUCAGGAAUUGACAGAACAUGAACAUCAGCAAAUGAGAGAUGAUCUAGAGAAAGAGAGGGAGGAUCUGGAUCUGGACAGGAGCUCUCUACCACGUCCCAUGAGUGGUCGAAGCUUCCCUCGCAGUCUGGAUGACUCUGAAGAGGACGAUGAUGAGGACAGUGGACACAGCUCUAGAAGAAGAGGUAGCAGCUCUAGUGGGGUUUCAUAUGAAGAGUUCCAAGUGUUGGUGAGACGAGUGGAUCGCAUGGAACAUUCCAUAGGCAGUAUUGUUUCCAAAAUUGAUGCUGUUAUUGUAAAGCUUGAGGCAAUGGAGAGGGCCAAACUGAAAAGGAGAGAUGUGUUGGGAAGACUGCUAGAUGGAGUUACAGAGGAUGAAAGAUUGGGACGUGACAAUGAAAUCCACAGGGAACAAAUGGAGAGGUUAGUGCGGGAGGAACUAGAGCGUUGGGAAUCGGAUGACACAGCUUCCCAAAUGAGCCACCGCUUGGGAACACCACUUGGACUGAAUAGCCAGCCUCGUUCUAGGAGUUCCCGUCCAUCCUCCUCUCAGUCAACAGAAGGCAUUGAUGGAAAUGGAGGCGGGAAUGGCGGGAGCAACAUCCAUGUGUAAUAUUAUUUGUCAAUGGGUUGUUUUAAAAUUUCAAUCCUGUAUUAUAACAGCAAAUACACUAUUUACUAUUUGUUUUCCAAAAACAGUGAUGAAUGCUAAAGCUCCUAGUGUCCCACCUGGGGAUUGAUCAGUAGGCCAUAGGGACAUCUAAUCUACAACCACUGUGUCAGCAGCUGACAGAUGUAAAGUUGGCAUUACCUACCUACCCCACUAAAUAGGGUGAGAUUCCCAUUGCCACCUGCACUGGCUUUAGGACCAUAAUCCACCAGUAGCAUUGCUUAAUGUGGCUGCACUUAUAGGAUCUGUGCCAGAGGGUUUUACAGUUUCCCUGUCUUCAUUCAGUAAAUGCAGCUGUUGUUUUUUUUCCUAAGUAUUCCCAUCUUAAUGCUUGCUAUGCAGCAGGAGCUCAUCUUGGUUAUGUAAAAUAGGACUUUAAGAAUCUACUUUCCCAUUAAAUAAUGCUGGAAAUUAGUUUCAAAGUUGUUGUGAAGUAAGUCUCUUCUAAAAGUUUUGAUUAAUAGUUAGCCAAAAAUGCAUUUAAUUUCUCAACCCAGAUGCUUAAUUUUCCAGUGCUUUAUAAUGGGAAAUAUUAUUCUUAAAUACCUAUUCUAAAAUAUAUUAAUAAGGUGACUUCCUAUAUAGUUUUUCCUGUUAAUUAUAUUCAACACAAAUUACAAACAAAUAACACAAUCUUCUUUUUAUUCUGGAGUUUUCCUUCAGCGUGCUAAGAUUCUCUUUAAUUUAUUUUAAAGGAACGUUUCCUAUAUAUCAGUGCACUAUUACCUUUUUCCUCUGACAGAAGGUCGUGUUUAGUUCAUUUUUAUUAUGAAGUAGACGCAUAUGCAAGAAGCAUGUGAAUAGUGCAUAUCAGUGCACUAUUGCCAGAGGAAAAAGGCAAUAGUUUGAUACACAGGGAACGUUGCUUUAUAUAUUCAGUACUUCAUAUAUUUUAGUGUUUUAAAAGUAGUUCUUUGGGAACUUCUUUACACAUAAGAGAGACAAGGUGGGUACGGUAAUAUCUUUUAUUGGAUCAAUUUCUAUUUAUACAUAACUAAUGUGAUCAUUGUUGUCUUUGUGUCUGUCCAUAGCUGGCUUUUAGGCCAAAUUUUCAAAAAGGAAGACCUCUGAGCUCCGCAUCCAAAACUGCACCUACCCUUUCUACAGUUACAUGCAGAAAUUAGGUAAACAUUAGAUAAAUUGUGGAAAACAUCAAUUAAUCUCGGGGGAUGCAAGGGGAGAGAGAAAUUGACAUUUUGAACAUUUCUGAUUAGCUCUAGCAAGUAUUCAUCCCAAUUCAAAGGCAGGGGCCUAAUUAGCUUCUUAUGUAUGCACUUACCUGACCUGCAUGAGCAACUGAAGGUAUAUUUCUGCAUGUACAUGUUUUUCUGUAGGGAACUACGCUAUAUCCUUUUGAAAUUGUAGUCUUUAGUAUAAUCAGCACUUUUUAGUACAAGGCGUGCUGGAUUUGGGACUGCAGCAGAGCUUUGAAGCAGCAACAGCACUGACAAUGAUUUGAGUUUGGUAUAGAGAAAAUUAGAGGCAACUAUGUACAAUUUUUGAUAGUAGUAUAUAUUCAGAUAUAGUGAAAUAUGGGAGUCUUCACUUAAGCUGACAGUUGCCUUAAGACUUACUGUAGGUUUAAAGGGGAAUGGAAAACUUAAUAUUCAGAUAAAGUACACAGUAUUCUAAGUGCAUAGAUUUGUAGGGUGUAAGAAGGAAAAUGUCCAUGCCAAAGGAUAAGUAGCCUUUUUAUUGAUGCUUAUAGGAAUUGCUUGCUGUAAUUAACCUUAAAUACCUUUAUAUUUUUGUGUUAGUAUUUUUCGUUUGGUGUUGAAUCAAAUACACCUCCAAAUAUUGCAGUUUUCCCAUAUCUAUAUAUACCAGCACUUGUUGUCGUGUUACAGUGUCAUCUAAGACACAUUCCAUAUCACCAGAGCACUUGUCCUUGAUAAAAACAAAACUUUUCAUAUGUUACAUUUACAAGAAAGUGCUGUUCAGUAACUUACUCAUCUUAGGUGAAGGGACUUCUCCCCUACUGAGAGCUGAAAUUUCCCAAUAAACUAUCGGUCAAGCUCCACCACUGCCAAGUGGAUAAGAAAUUAAUCCAAAUGAAUUUAUAUCAUCAUAGUUAAGGUUAAGAUUUUAUCACAGUUAUUUUUAGUAAAAGGCAGGGACAAGUCACUGGCAAUAAACAAAAAUUCCCUGAAGCCCCUGACUUUUACUGAAAAUAACUGACAAAAUGGGGCUGACGGGAUGAAAGCUUGAGUCCUGCUGCAUGAGGAGAGGAGAGGUCUAGCACCUGUUGCCACUGUGGCUCACAGCUCUGGGGUCCCCCCUGCUUCCUGUGGAAGCUGGAAGUCGUGUGGUGGGCCCUCCUAAGCCCACAGUAGCUCAGAGCACCAGAGUCCCUGAUAGCUUCAGCCCUGCCUCCAUGGGGCUGAAGCAGAAAGUGUCAUGGAGAUCUCUGAAAGUCAUGGAAUCCUGGACUUCCAUGACAUAAUCUAAGCCUUAAUAAUAGUAUACAAAACCUUCUGUUACAUUACUGUGUAGGCGGUAUAUUUCAAGGGGUCAGUUGGUUAAUGGUUUGACACAUGGUAAGAUUGUUUUUGCAAGCUCUAGAAAAUUAGCAUUUGGUCUGUUGGGGCGUAGGAAUAUCAAAAUGCCAGAUACAGUAUUAUAUGUCAUGUAGUUAAAGUAAACCAAUCAUCUGACCAAACAAUUUGGCUUCACAGGAAAGAGGUUGCUAGUGCUCAGUUAAAGUGAUCUUUUGUUAUAAAGACAAGACAUGUUGGAUGUUGCUGCAAUAUCAUGCUACAGAACUAAGGAAAUUUGCAUUUGUGAAGUUGCCUUUUCAAAACACUACAGCUAUCACUGUGGUGUCCUAAAAUUGUACCUUUCUCUAAACUAAUACCGAACAAAGCUUUUCUUUUAUUAGUAUGUUAAUUAUGAAAACCAAAAUGUUUGCAUUCAUAGCUAUAUUUGUUCAUCUGUAUAUCUGUAACGUGUCGUUACUUCAUAACAAACUUCAUUUUGAAGUGCCAUAAGCUUUCAUGGGCUAUCCAUGUGUGUUGACAAUGUGCCAUGCCAUAAGUACAUGGCAACUAGACAAAUGUGUUAUACAUUUUUUAUUAUGGUUUCAUUUUAAGUUUAGAUUCUCUUGUAACUGUUACUUUGUUUCUAGGGUAAAGGGUUUCUUCUAAGUAUGUGUAAAGUUUUGCGUUAACAUUUCGUCUUAUUAGGAAGCUGUUAAUUAUGCAAGUCUUCCACAGUUAUCAAAGAUUUAUUGGUCUAUAAUACUGAGCACUUUACUUCCUAAUAAAGAUUUUACAUAGGAAAACCA